AAAUUAUAAAAAAAAAGAGAGAAUAAAACAUAAAAAGAGCACCGAACCCAAACCAAAGUAGAAGAAACUGACACCAUCUCUGUCUCUCUCUCUCCGUAUCCAAAAAGAGAAAGAAAAAAAAUCUCAAAUCAAAGACCAAGCCAGUCACCGGAAAAUGCUGACGUGUAUAGCUCGUUCGAAGCGAGCAGGCGAUGAAUCCUCCGGUCAACCAGACGAUCCAGAUUCUAAAAACGCCAAAUCUCUAACAUCUCAGCUCAAAGAUAUGGCUCUGAAAGCAUCAGGAGCUUACCGGCAUUGUACGCCGUGUACGGCGGCACAAGGUCAGGGACAAGGACAAGGUCCGAUCAAGAACAAUCCGUCGUCGUCGUCGGUAAAGUCGGAUUUCGAAUCGGAUCAACGGUUUAAAAUGCUUUACGGAAGAUCAAACAGUUCGAUUACAGCUACGGCGGCGGUGGCGGCGACGCAACAACAACAGCCUAGGGUUUGGGGAAAGGAGAUGGAAGCGAGACUAAAAGGGAUUUCGAGCGGCGAAGCGACUCCGAAAUCGGCGAGUGGGAGAAACCGGGUCGACCCGAUUGUGUUUGUGGAGGAGAAAGAGCCUAAAGAAUGGGUUGCUCAGGUUGAGCCCGGAGUUCUCAUAACCUUCGUUUCUCUUCCCGGCGGUGGUAAUGAUCUCAAGCGGAUACGUUUCAGCCGAGACAUGUUCAACAAGUUACAAGCUCAACGAUGGUGGGCAGAUAACUAUGACAAAGUAAUGGAACUUUACAAUGUUCAAAAACUAAGCCGCCAAGCUUUCCCGCUUCCCACCCCGCCUAGAUCCGAAGACGAGAAUGCAAAAGUGGAGUACCAUCCAGAAGACACUCCUGCAACACCGCCUCUAAACAAAGAACGGUUGCCUCGUACUAUCCAUCGUCCACCUGGAUUGGCUGCUUACUCAUCCUCAGAUUCACUCGACCAUAAUUCAAUGCAGAGCCAGCAGUUCUAUGACUCUGGUCUACUCAACUCAACUCCUAAAGUUUCAAGCAUCAGUGUAGCCAAGACAGAAACUUCUUCCAUAGAUGCUUCCAUAAGAAGCAGCUCGUCGAGAGAUGCAGACCGGUCAGAGGAAAUGUCGGUAAGCAAUGCGAGUGAUGUUGACAACGAAUGGGUGGAGCAAGAUGAGCCUGGCGUUUAUAUCACCAUUAAAGUUUUACCAGGUGGGAAAAGAGAGCUUCGAAGAGUCAGAUUCAGCCGAGAGAGAUUCGGGGAGAUGCACGCGAGAUUAUGGUGGGAAGAGAACAGGGCAAGGAUACAUGAACAAUACUUGUGAUCAUAAAUCUAAGAGUUUUGUUUUUUCCUCAUUCUCUCGGUAUACAGUCUUUUUUUCCAGCUCAAGUAAAUUCUUCCACAGGUACUCAUUGUGCCUCCCAGAAAUCUCAAAAUAUCAAUUGUGGGAUAUGUUUUAAGGAGGUUUCUUAUUUUCUUCCUUCAAAAAAAUUUGAGAAAGCUUGGAAAAGAUAAGAUGUUGUCUCCUUUGCUCAAUAUGUGUAUCCUUAAUUAGUUCUUUAAAAAAAUACGUUCUUCAAAUUUUUAGUAUUGUUUCAGCUC